AUGCCGCCUUCCCACCAUGCGCCAGCCUUCAUUACCAGUCAGACUCCGGGUUUGACGGAUGCCCUGGCUCGUCGCUUUCCUUUCCCCUCAGCGUCUCACUUUGUAGCCUGUUCACGUAGCGUACCUAGUGGAUUGACUACGCUGUCUUUUACCUCAUUUCAACCAGUGCAUAAAAUUGAGUCCGAGCUGUCCCCAUUACUUACCGCCGUGUCAAACUUUUAUGGGAGAUUGUGCUUCUACCAAACGCCGUGGACAUAUAAGACUAAGGACGCAAAAACAAUUGCCGACGCCCUUCUAGAGUGUGUCCCUAGAUUCCUCGCAGCGAUCUACUACUUGGAGUACAGCGUAAAUCCGACAUUCAAACCGCUGGGCGGCGGGUGGUGGGAAAAGAAUUGGCUGGGAUACAAUGCAAAUACAUAUGAUGGCGGUGAUCUUGCUAACUACCUCCAUGCUCAAAGUAGUGAUAACUACAGCGGUCUCAUACCCGGUGGCUUCAAUUACGGAGAGGUGAAAUAUAAAAGAUUUUGGAACACUGGAUACCCCCAGGGUGCGGAAAUGUCUCUGGACCUUGAAAAGAUUGUGGACAAAAGAACAUACUACAACUUCUUCCGAAGCGUGUUUGUCAGUUCCGUUAUUGGCGAAUCGGCCAAUCGUAAAGACAACGCCGCGAAUUCUCUUGUAUUGGUCAGAACGUUCUGCGAUAUUGUCCUGGAGGAGGCAAAGAAAAGUAAUAACGGCGGAGAGCUAAUAACAGCAUUAAAUGACGAUUUAAACAGUCAUGUGUAUUCAUCCGGCAGAUCCAUUUGCUGGAAAGACUUACAUUCCCAUUGCACUAAGCUUAGAAGUCAAUUUGACAGGUUUCUCGCCGAAAAACGCUUUGACUUCACAGGUCAGGUGACGAAAGUUAGCGACCUUAAUAAAGAGGAGUUGGCUAAGAAAACAGCGGAUUGGUUGAGAGGAAAUGUGACUAAAGUGCGGAAACAUUUGGUGAAUAUUAAGGAAAAUACAGAAAAAUAUCUUGGUGCAUACUUCACGAAAAAUCUCUUCCCCUACGGAUUCACGUUUCGAGACCGCUUCCAAAUAUCGGAAACGGAUGCGAAGAAAUUGCCGACGGAAUUGUACAAUGUAAUCAGUGAGCUUCAUAGAUCCCGUGACGGCGGUUUGGAUAGGCUUGUGGAGAUUUUGGAAGGUAAGUAUACAGAAACAUGUAAAAAGUCUGAGGUUCCGCCUGUCACAGUCCCUGAAGCCCCCAAGGAAAUAGUGCCGGAGAAGCAACCUCCGGUUUUACCACCCCAAAAGCCAGAGGUGCCGCCUGCCAAGGAGCCUGAAGGGAAUCAAGAUCAAGGCAAGAAGGCGGAGGGAGCGCAGAACCAGGGCAAGAAGGCGGACGCAUCUGCAAAUCUAAAUAAUGGCCAAAGUGCAGAUACGUCUGCAGGUACAUCAGUUGUAACCUCUACUGCUGCAGCUCCGCCUCCCGGUGGGGGAGGAGCUUCAGACCCGCAAGGGACUGCUGUUACAGUGUCUACGGCCCAAGAUCAAGCAGGUAAAAAUUCUAGUUUACCAUUGCCUAAAGGUGAUCAAGGCCCGCAAGGGCCUCCUGUUCCCGCAGCUCCGGCGUCUUCUCAGGUUCCAGGUACGUCAGUUGCAGACUCCGCUCCAACUCAGUCUCCCGGUGCUGAAGGAGCUCCAGGCCCGGAAGGGUCUAAAGGUGAUCAAGGCAAGCAAGGGCCUGAUGGUAAAGUGCCUCCGGCGUCUCCUAAGUCUACAAUUACACCGGGUAAUCAAGUUGCUCAGGCUCAACAAAUUGUUACUCAAGCGGAACCUCCCCCUCUUCCUGCAUCCCCUGGCCCCUCUGGUCCGCCGGGUCCCCCAGUUCAGGGUUCAGCGGCCGAUAGCCCAUCAGGUCAAAAGCCUGGCGCCGCUCAAGGCAACGCGCUUACUCAGCCUACAAGUGUUUCAGGGUCAAACGCUGAUACAACUGGUGGUCAGGGGUCUGGUCAUCAAGGUAGUCAAGAUGUUACUCAACCAACAAGUCAAGCCCCCGGGCAAGCUACAAGCAGCGGCGCUACUGCGCCGGCUGGCACGGCGCCUGGUGGAGGUGGAGGUGGGAGUGGAGCUCCAGGAGGGGGUGGGGGGAGUGGGCCUGCUGUUCCUCCACCUCCACCAUGCAUAGAGCCUAGUAACGAGAAUUUUUUGAAAUAUCCCAGGGAAAAAUUCUGUGAGCGACAAAAAACGCCAAAAUAUGUUAUGGAUAAUUAUGAAAAACAAAAGGAGCAACAUGAACGGCGCCAAAAGGUAUUGGAAGACUUAUUUAGAAGAGUUGCGGAGCAAAAAGAGAAAGAUGCAGAAUUACGUAAACAAGAGGAAGAAGAGUAUCGUAGGCAGCAGAAAGAAGCGGAAGAGCGUAAGAAGCAAGAGGAAGAAAAUGAGCGCAAAAAACAAAUGGCUGUUGCAGCCAAGCAUCCGCUCAUGCCUGCGCCUAAUUACUAUCGCAACCAGCGGCCGCACUACUAUGAUACUCCGGAAUACACAUCAUCAGUUAUGGCCUCGUUCGCCGACCAGGGUGGGCCGAUGCUUGAAGGUUUCCUUGGCCCGGGAGCAGAUUUUGGCGAUUCCCCGGUGGACGGUGCAGAAGUGUCCGCUGUUGACGCGGAAGUAAUGGACAACCAUCACGAUCCAGUCGUGGCUGAUAUUGUCUAUUCUGAUGUUGUAGACGUUGAAGAAUCGGUAGUGAAUGAUUUUGACCAACCAGUGGCGUACGAUUUAGACGGCGCACCGGUGCAUAAUUUAGAGAAGCCACGAGAGGGUGAAUUAAAAAUAAGCCCUGCUUUUUUCGGCGACGUUGUGGAAGAUGAAGUGGACCCAAUAUUGCAGAAACAACAAGCAGCAGAGAACCUGUACUGGGAAACUAAGCAGAAAAUGUUGGGAGACCAUAUAAGCCAGCGGAAUAGGCUGAGAGCACGUCAGAAGCAAGACACUGCUGAAAUUAAAAAAUAUGAAGAUUAUGAAAGGGAGAAGUUGGAAAAAGCUUUGCAAAAAAUUAAAGAAAAUGCAGAGCAGAAUGAAUUAAUAGCGAAAGGGUUAGACGGUGAUGUGUUUGCGCAUCUUCAGGGCGACGAAGUUAAAGAUUUAGACGAUCAACUGAUUGUUAAAUUUGAUGGCUACGUGGCAGGCCAUGACUCUGAGAUUGAACAGCAACGGCGGAAAAUCGCAGAAAUAGAAGAUGCGCACUACCAACAUUCGGAAAAGGAGAGGAGGCGAGAAAAGGAAAAUAAAAGAUUCUUGCAUAAUUUAACGGAGUACGCUAACAGCGUAAAUGAUUACGGCGUUGAAAGCUUCGACAUUGUGGGAGCCCCGCCUCGCAAAACUCCGGACCCUUUUGAGAUAGACAUCCACGUCCCCAAGCGCGCGGUCACCGAUACCUCGUAUGACAUAAACUUGGAUUAUGAUCUUUCGCCUCCCCCAAGCGCUCGGCCAAUCGAUCCGAUCAAUCCAUACACUCCCACCUCUCUAAACGUGGGAGAGCCAGAACCGUUGCCGGAUCUGAAGGACAGGUUUGUCACUCCAUAUGUUACCGAAGCUAAACCCAUCAACUUUUGCACCCCUACCUGGCUCACCCAGACAUCUAACGACGGUUCCGCCGACAUCCCCGAGACGGAACUGUUCCCCUCCGAGGCACCGCGCACGGUCAGGGACAUGCUCAUUUGGCUGGCCGGACUGCAACACAAAAAGCAUCAAGAGACUCUGAAAGAGUGCAUUACUAACGCUUUCAAGCGCGGCGAUGAUGACGCUUCCAGCCCCACGCUCCCAGUCAACGAUUCUCACAUCAACCCCAAACACGUCGUCGACACCCUCCAGCUUGCCGCAGCGUUUGUAGCCUCGGUGCUCACCUCCAUUGAACCUAACUGGAGAGUGGCGGUGUCGUCUGUAACUUCAGCGUCUAAGGACUCAGACCAAUCCAAGGACCCUGAUUGCUGCGCCCUCCUCUGCCAGCUGCGGGACUACGCCUACGCGUGCUACCACCAGUUGGAGUUCCUGAAGUCUCAGUGUUCUCGGGGCGCCAGGAACGGUGGUUGGCAGGAUUGUGAAUAUGGCCUUCAUGUAAGUGUUUCCGACUCCCCCCUCCAGGCCUUUCUGACCGAUGCCACCGCCUCCAAGUUCAAGACUUACCCCUUCGACCCGUGCAACAUCUGCCUCAGGAGCCGCGUCAACAUGGGAUUCCGAAAGGAUGAUUUGCCUGCAUCUCAGCAAAUUGGCAAGCAUAUUUCCACCAUCCUCACUCCCACCUGCGGCGGCGAGGAUCCCUUGCUUACAUUGUCCUCCCACCUCAACUGCCUCACCAGACGGACGCCGCGCACCACCGGGGAGCUCGUCUCGUUCUUCCACAACUUCGGGAAUUCUCUUCAUGAUGUAUCUUCACAGUUGUCUAAACUGGGCUCUGCCCUCACCACUCGACAUGACCACUGCCCAGACUGGGACCGUCUCAUCGACGCCGACCUCCGAGCCGUCCGAGACCUCCGGGGUCCCCAAUUGCAUAACUCAGGCCAUAGCCAUCUCAACACCCUAUCAACACUGCUUCCUUGCGCCAUCAAUAGUGUCAACUGCCCACAACACAUAUUGCCUAUCACCUACCGGGCCUACGCCCUCUACGCGCCGAGCUUCACCCACACCUACCUCAGCUGGGCGGUGUACCUGGCAGACAGACUCUGGGAGUCACUGGAAAUGCUGUGGAGAGAUUUUGAGAGACUUCAUUGUCACGACGCCAAGCCCAAGUCUCUUCACCAGUGUGACAAGGCCAUGCCGCUUCUCUACACUCACGGGUUCACGCCGCCGGAGGGUACAUCGCAGCCGUCAUUCACGUGUUCUAAGGUCAUCGAUAAGCUGAAGGAAGUGGUCGCCGGAGAGCCUAUCGCAAGCCUCAUGACAGCCAUGGACGAGUUCCUCCACAGAGUCCGGGAGCCUUUCAUCUACACUCAGCUUACACUCUGGUCUGUCGCAAUGAUCUUCCUCGCCCACACGAUGCUCUACCGCAUGGACGUAUUGCGCAUACGAUCUCACCUCUUGCGCUCCAAGGCGUCUCAUCUCAUUGAUGUCAAGGCCUUACUCACUAAAGGCCGGAAGAUGCUCUCACUCUACCGCGACGUGGACUACUUCGACGACCCAGUUGGCUGGAUUGGACUCUAG